UCUCUCUCGGGUAUACGUUUUAGAAUAAAUUCUGCUUCGUAUGAAUAUAAAAACAUGUCAGCUAACAAAGAAGCACAAUUUGUGCCCAUUGGAAUUCCAACAGACUGUUGGAAGACCUUAUCACCAAAGAUCAAGAAGACAUUGUUAAUGAGGAACUCUAGCAUAUUUUUUUUUAUUUCAACUUCAGAGUGGUAUUUAACAAAGUAAGUUUUAGGAUGACUGAUUACCAGAUAUAAAUAUUUCUUUUUUUCAUUUUUGCUGAAGAUUCAUUGAUUGAUUUUUUCCGCCACACUCAACAAUUUUUCAGUUAUGUGGUGGCGCCCAGUUUUUAUUGUUGGAAGAGAGUACCCAGAUACAAUGUACCUGGGAAGAGACCACCGACCUUCCGAAGGUAAACUGGGAAACUUUCUCACUUACCGGCGCGAGCGGGAUUCGAACCUACGCCGACAGAGGUGAGAGGCCGUGUGAUUUUGAGCGUGAUGCUCUAACCACUAUGCCACGGAGACCCCUUAGAAGCAACUGUCUAUGAUGCCAAAAAGUCUAGUCUUCAAUUUAUCGUAAGGAAUGGUCGUGUAUAGUGUGAAAAAAGUCAUAAGUUUUGAUGUUAUUGAUUUGGGGGAAGUUUUGCGAUUUCAAGUUUACUAAAAGUUCUUUAGAAUAUUUUAGAAUCCGCAUUUGAUUAACACCACUUCUGGCAUAUGUAGUCGCACAGUAAGUUUGAAGCUUCUCCUUCACAGCUGUUAAUAUUUUCGUGAGGAGCAAAGAUAGGGGCUUAGUAGAGCACUUACUGGAUCCAGCAAUGUUCAUUAAGAAAAUAUACAGUGCUAGUUUUUGCAAAAUAUGGUGGGCAAAUCAGGCACUGCGAUAAGUUUGAAAACCUAGUGCAGAAAUGCAAAUAGAAGACAAAACCUGUUAAUGGCGAAUCAAUAAUAUGCGUAUAACAUAGUAUUGCUUCUUUUUCAUUAACUGAGACUAGCUGUCUUUUAUGUAUUUAAGCAUGUGACAUAGGAACAUAUUGAAUAAACUGUUCCAAGAAUUGUUCUCAGAACUGCAUAGGCUUUUGUGAUAAUGUUGGCGGAUCCUGCACUUGUUCCUCUGGGUCCAUGGAGUCCCCUGGCUGUAAUGAAAAGGCAUCUAUUGUCAAUGAUGAUGAGUAUAGUACCCCGGAUGCAUACAUCGCAGCCUUGUCUAUCUCACUGGUUAUCAACUUUAGCCUGGUCGUUGUCAUUGUUAUAUUAUUAAGGCUACUCUAUAACAGAAAACAAGAGAAGCGUUCCCCUGAUUAUAUCUCUAGUUCCGAAAUAUCACCGCCAUCACAGGUCAGCAAUAACGAUAUACACCAGUAUCAGGAACUCAACAUGCCCAAUGAUAGUUCAUACCAAAAUCUGUCAUUAAGAGAUCGUUUAUAAAAUGUAUUUUGA